UUUGAACACGUGCUUCAUUGCCUCUUCAAUCGAUAUCUAGUUCUGAAACCAUCCAAGACUAUUCUAACCUGCAACUUGUGUACUCGUCUCGUCAGUAGCAUCCAGAUGCUUGUUGUAAACAUACAACACCAUCAUGCUCCAUUUCCUUUCCUUUCAUAUAUUUUUACUCAAGUUUUUUCCCCGAUAGCAUCUGUUAACUGUUUCGAACUCUUUGGGUAUUGUGAUUCUUGUUAAAGUAACGUCGUUCAGAGUUAUCCAAUGGCUGACAGCAUUUCAGAUCUCUGAUAUUUGGUGGAGAUCUGAGGAAAGUGGUGCCAUCCAACAGCAGACUGGGAGCAUAGGAGCUCCCUGAGUAACUCAUAUAAGCUCACCAUACUAUGCCUGCAGUUCCAAGGCCCGGAAGUUUAAAGGACCCUGAAGUUUCGGAACUUUUUCACAAAGAUGACCCGGACAAGAUUUUUGAAGACCUGCGGGAAAUCGGCCAUGGAAGCUUCGGUGCAGUGUACUAUGCCCGGAAUCUCAUCUCUCGUGAAGUUGUUGCCAUCAAGAAAAUGUCAUAUUUGGGAAAGCAAAGUUUGGAAAAAUGGCAAGAUAUUUUGAAGGAGAUCAGAUUUUUACGGCAACUUAACCAUCCCAAUACAAUUGAGUAUAAAGGCUGUUUUCUACGGGACCAUACAGCAUGGCUUGUUAUGGAAUACUGUUUGGGCUCAGCCUCAGAUAUAAUAGAAGUACACAAAAGGCCUCUCAAAGAAGAGGAAAUUGCAGCAAUAUGUGAAGGAGUCUUGAGAGGCCUGCACUACCUUCAUUCACUUGGACGAAUACACAGAGACGUCAAAGCAGGAAAUAUAUUGCUUACGGAAAAUGGGACAGUAAAAUUAGCUGACUUUGGCUCUGCCAGUAUUCGUAGUCCAGCCAACAGUUUUGUUGGCACUCCAUACUGGAUGGCACCAGAGGUCAUACUUGCUAUGGAUGAAGGACAGUAUGAUGGAAAAGUUGAUGUUUGGUCAUUAGGCAUCACUUGUAUUGAGCUAGCUGAGAGGAAACCACCUUACUUCAACAUGAAUGCCAUGAGUGCCUUGUACCAUAUUGCUCAAAAUGACACUCCAGUACUGCAAUCGCAAGACUGGACAGACAUCUUUCGGCAUUUUGUUGAUUCCUGCUUGCAGAAGAGCCCCACUGAACGUCCUCAUGCUGGGAAGCUUCUAUUGCAUCAACUUGUGACCAGACCACGUUCUCCACAUGCUCUGUUGGACUUGAUCCAGAGGACUAAAGCUGCCGUCAGAGACCUUGACAAUCUGAAUUACAGAAAAAUGAAAAAAAUACUCAUGAUGGACGCAUUUGAAAAUGAGAGCACUGCAGGUGACGCUGAUGGACCCAUCUUUGAUUGUUCAGAAACACCAGACGAGCAGACUGGUGGGGACAGCAGCAAAAGCAACAGCAUUACUUCAGAACAUUCAAUCCACUCCAUGGGAGUCAGUGCAUCCUCCCAGAGCUCUUCUACUAAUAGUUUACCUCCAGCAGUGGAUGGAAAUGAUGGCUAUGCCGCUUCUAUGCGAGCCAGACACAAGGCAUCGAAUUCCACAGCUUUGGCAGAUCAUGGUGCAAACAAUUUUGCUACAAUCAGAACAACAUCAAUUGUUACAAAGCAGCAAAAGGAACAUAUGCAAGAGGAAAUGCAUGAACAAAUGACUGGGUAUAAGCGAAUGCGCCGAGAGCACCAGGCUGCCCUCAUCAAGCUUGAGGAACGUUGCAAGAUGGAGAUGGAGGGCCACAAAGGGGUCUUGGACAAGGAGUAUGACACUCUUCUUCAGCAGUUCAGCAAAGAGCUCGAGCGUUUACAGCAGAGGCACCAACAAGAGCUGGAACGCAAAGUUAAACACAACUUGAGCUGUGAUAAGAAAUUACAGAAAGAAAUUUCAGGACGCCAAGAACAAGAUCGCAAGGCUUUUGAUACUCAAAAGAAGAAAGAGUACAAAGCAAACAAAGAAAGGUGGAAGCGAGAAUUGUCAAUGGACGAAUCCACUCCCAAGAGGCAAAGAGAUGCUACUUUAGCGACCCAGAAAGAAAAUCUGAAACAAAUUGAGGCUCAGGAAGAGCAGCGUCUUGUUCGGGGUCAGAAGGAGUACUUAGAUCUUGAGAUGCGGAAAUUCCGUAGAAAAAAGUUGCUGUCAUUCCAUAGCCUAGAGCAAGGACUACUCAGAGAGGAGCUUAAUAAGAGGCAACAACAGCUGGAGCAGGCCCACUCAAUGUUGCUUCGUCACCAUGAGAAAACUCAAGAGCUUGAGUAUCGUCAGCAAAAGGCUGUCCACCAGUUGAGAGAGGAACAAAUUCAACGUCAGCACCACACAGAACUCAGCAACCAGCGGGAUUAUAUGCAGCGCGCUGAACGAGAGUUACGGAAGAAGCAUGCACUUGAACUCAAGCAACAACCAAAGAGUUUGAAACAAAAAGAAAUGCAAAUCCGCAAGCAGUUCAGAGAAACUUGCAAAAUUCAAACGAGGCAGUACAAGGCAUUAAAGGCUCAGAUUCUUCAAACUACUCCAAAAGAUGAGCAGAAAGUUGUCAUUAAGAAGAUGAAGGAAGAACAGAGGCGGAAGUUAGCCCUUCUUGGUGAUCAGUAUGAACAAAGUAUUGCUGAAAUGCUCCAGAAGCAAUCGAUUCGUUUGGACGAGUCUCAAGAAGUAGAAUGUCAUCAUUUGCAAGACAGAUUGCACUAUGAGUUGGAAAUUCUCAUGGCAUACCAGUCCAAGAAUAAGAUGCAGGCUGAAGCCCAGAGAAAUAGGGAGCGUAAGGAGCUGGAAGAUCGUGUCUCGGUCAGAAGGGCACUUUUGGAACAGAAGAUGGAAGUUGAAACUCAACAGUUCCUGCAGGAGCGUUCUGAGAGAAUUCGGUUGUUGCAUGAACGACAAGAUCGCGAACUAGAACAGUUUGAUGAAGAAUCUGCCCGUCUUGGCUUCAGUGCCCUUGCCAUUGCUGAAGCAUCAAAAGAGUCAUACCCUGAUGACGAAUCAUUAUCGGGAAGUGUGCUGAGCUUAGCACACAGCAAUAGCUCAGCUUCAUUCCCAGCAGGAAGUCUUUAGUGUUGGCAUAGCUGCAGGUUUCUUAUUUUAAUUUUGUAUCAAAGAAAUAUUGAUUUUAGCAAUGUUGUUGAUUUGUUGGAGACAAGUGAUUCUGCAAGAGGUAAAUUGGUCUGUUGAGAUGCUACAGAGUAACAAACCUAUGCAGUAAAACACGCUUAUAACCUACAAAUUCUAAUGGGACUCCACUUAUUUUAACCAGUAUUUUUAUUGUUUUUGCUGCCUUUUUUAAAAAAAAAUAAUUUGUUGUUAGUGGGCAUGUAAAGACAGAUGAGUGAGUUCCACUAUAAGAGAGUUUUACUGUAGUAUUUUUGUUUUUCUCGUGGAAUUGUUUGUUGUUUUGUUGCAAGUGUACAUCAUGAAAGUGUUAAGUUGACUCAGGGUCCAAUGUGGGAAAUAUGCGGGCCUAUACAGACACCACAAGACUAGUAUUCUUAUUUUUUUAAAACUUACUGAAGGAAAGGUUUUGAUUUGUUGUCUUAAGCAAGAUAGUAUAAGAGGGCUAAUACCCAUAAAUUGUGUCUGUAACCUUCAUCUUUUAAAUCUUAGAAUAUUGUUGCAUAGGUAAACAUACUCCGCUCAUUUGACUUAUGUGUAUACUGCCAUGGUGACUCUGAUAUUUAUUAAGCUACGUAUUGAAAUUGUGCAGAUAUUGUCUGUUCAUAAUAUUGGCUAUCAAAUAUUAGGUAUUGAUUCAGUGUGUUUUGGUUUAAAACGCAAAUCUGUAUUUUUAAAACAUUGCUCUUUCCACUGUUUUCCAUUACGUGAUAUAUCGCUGUUCCUUUUUCUUUUCUCUCUCUCUCUCCUCUUUUUCAUUUUUUAUCUUUUUUGUUUCUUUUUUUUUUUUUGGAAGAAUAUGUGUAUUGCUGGUGUUUUUACUGAAAGCAAAGAGUUUGAAUGGAUUUCUAUGGUAUUUGAAGAAUAUAAUAUAUUUAGCACAGCUUUUGUAGGAGCGCUGAGAGAAGCAUCAGGUUAGAUUUAGAAUAAUGAAUAAUGUUAGUCAAGGCUCAAGAAGGGCUGGCAAUCAUUGGCUGUAGGGACCUUUGCUUGUAGUAUAGUCAUAAAGAAGGAUAAGCCCAGUGCCCAGUGCAAAUUUUACAAAACCAUUAGUGAAGUUAUGGACUGUUUGCCCAGUUACUGAUGCCAAACUGAUAUGUAAUAUUUUUCCACAUUAAAGUUCUGCUCAAUUAAUCCCAGCUACCCUGGCUGAGCAUUGUAUGAGCAUGGUCUUCUUGAAACUUUGACUACGUCAAACAGGAAAUAUUGAGCUUCAUGGGGAUAUCAACAGUUUGUAAUGAAUUUUAUUGUUAUUCAAUUAAUGUCAACAGUUACGUAGCAUAUUUUUAUGGAUUUUUUCCCAUUUUUGAUUCAUUUUCCUUACUUGCUUUAGUUUAAAAGUGUAUUUACUCCAACCGAUGUGUGCUCAAGCUUCUACAAUUGCUCACAUUCAUUAUUUUUCUUUUCGAUUUUGAUGAAAUAUACUUGAGUACAUUAUUAAUUACAAUUAAUCACAGUCAGUUUGACUUGUAGUAACAUAAUGCUUCAAUGGCAUAUGUUUCUAUUGUCAUUGUAUAUUAUGAAUGGAUCACUUACCAAAUUGUGUACCAUUCAUAGCAUCAUAAUGCAAGUUGGUCUUACUAACUGCUUCUUCUUUUGGCCGGCCUCUCCUCUCCCGGUGGUUCAAAUACUACUAUUACUACUUACUUUGUUCGUUUUUUUUUUUUUCUUUUUUUUUGUUUAUCUAAUUUUUGGAAUUUAAGCCUGUUUGUUUUGAUAUUCACUGGUUGGACAUGUGUAAAUUGCUUUCAGCCGUGAGAAAUCUUCAACAAAUAUUGGUGCCUGCCUUGCCUGAUGCUAUGUGGUUGGUUCAGCCAAGCUAAGAAAUGAGAACAAACCUGGUUGUUGUUUUAAUCUUUAAUAUUUGAUGUAUAAAUCUUCUGUGUAUCUCAGUUUAAUGUGAACAUUUAGUGACGCAUGAGGUGAUUACAUUGUAUGAAAUUUAAGUGUUUGUGAGAUAUCACAAAUCAAAUGUUAAUAGUGCUUUCCACAAUUGUCUGGAACUGUGCUGAAGUUUUCAGCCAGUUCUGAUAUAAGUCUAGUCUGGUCUUAAUUUUUCUUAAUAACAUGUAAUAAAGAGAUCUUGUCCUUUAUGUAAGAAGCUUUGAACCAAAUUGUAUUGCAGAAGCUAUGUGGACUCCCUUCAUCAUUCAUGAAAUUUGCUUGACUAAAACAACCAUGCAAAAGAGUUAUUGAGAUAUUAUACGAUGGGGUGGUUGAGAAAGAAUGGUUUACAUGGCUGCCCUGAUAUGCGGCUUGUAAUCCACCCAUCAAUUCAUACAUAGAGUUUUAAUUCAUUUACUUUAUAGCAUUCAUUUGCUAAUACUCUAAAUCAUUAUAUGACAAGAUUUUUGUGAUACUGUAUUAGUUAGAUAUUCAUUAAAUUACUUAAUCUUAA